AUGUCAACCACCACAACCGUUACGGCAUCCACACCCGCACAAGCACCACCGGCGCCGACGCCGCUCGGUUCGGCGCUGGACUCGGGCAAGGCGGGUAGCGGCAAGGUCAAGCGCCUACACCAGAUCCCGGUUCCCGAAUCCAAAGAAGCCGCCCGAAAAUGGCAGCUGGAACAGAUGGCAGCCGCGUUUCGCAUCUUUGCCAAGUUGGGCUUUUCUGAUGGAAGCAGUGGGCACAUCAGUCUACGAGACCCCAUUAGACCGGACACGUUCUGGAUCAACCCGUAUGGAGUGCAUUUUGGCGUGCUGAAGGUGUCGGACAUGGUUCACAUCGAUGAGGAUGGCAACCGCAUUGGCGGUGCAGACAAGCCGGUAAAUACCGCCGGCUUCACCAUUCACUCCGUUCUCCACAAGAGAAGGCCGGAUAUCAACGCCGCCUGCCACAUGCACAGCCCUUACGGCCGGGCGUGGAGUACUUUCGGACGUCCGAUCGACAUGCUUAACCAAGACUCAUGCAUGUUCUACAACGACCUCUCUGUCUACGAAGGAUUCGGUGGCGUCGUACUGGCAAAGGAAGAGGGCGAGCAUAUCGCCGAAGCCCUCGGCCCAACCAACAAGAACAUCAUCCUCCAAAACCACGGACUACUCACCGCCGGUGGGACGGUGGCUGAGGCAGCUGCGUUCUUUAUCGCGCUUGAACGUUGUUGCCAGGCUCAGUUCCUUGUUGAGCAGGCUGUUGCUCCUGGAACCAACGGUGCUGCUGGUGGACUGAAGAAGACGUUUGUCGGCGAAGAGGAGGCGCAGUACACAAAGGAUGGCACGGGUACACCGGAAGUCAUGUACAUGCAGUUUGUACCAGAGUAUCAGUUGAUUUUGAAGGAGUCAGGAGGCGACUUCUUAUUAUAA